AUGGCAACUGUCAUUCAGGCGGUCUCCAUGGUGACCGCGUGGCGGGGUGUGGCGGGGCUGGUGCUCCGGCGGGGGCGGGGGCUGUUGCGGGCGCCCCCCCUCCCCGGCUCCAAGCCUAGAGGAACCAGGAGCUUCGGUGUCCGAGUAGCUGCCAUGGCGCCCGUCAAGGUUGGAGACAAGCUGCCCAGUGUGGAGGUGUACGAGGAGGACCCCGGCACCAAGGUGGAUGUGGCUGCACUCUUCAAGGGCAAGAAGGGGAUUCUCUUCGGGGUGCCUGGUGCCUUCACCCCUGGCUGCUCCAAGACCCACUUGCCGGGCUACGUGGAGCAGGCUGGGGCACUGAAGGCCAAGGGAGUGGAGCUGAUCGCCUGCCUGGCCGUGAACGAUGUCUUUGUCAUGAGCGAGUGGGGCAAGGCCCAAGGGGCCCAAGGCAAGGUGCGGAUGCUGGCUGACCCCACCGGAGCUUUCGGAAAGGCUACGGAACUGCUGCUGGACAAGGAGACCCUGCGUGACCUCUUUGGGACCAACCGCUGCAAAAGGUUCUCCAUGGUGCUGGAGGAUGGUGUGGUGAAGGCUCUCAACGUGGAGGAGGAUGGAACAGGGCUGACCUGCAGCCUGGCCAACCACAUCCUCUCUCAACUCUGAGCACCAGGACACCAGGGUCCCUCCU